CCGCGCGUGGAUUAUAAAGGGGAUUUUAUUCAGGGAAGCCCCCCCGAGCCGAGAAACUGACCUUGUCUCACCUGUUCCGGCGCCACAGUCCCUGCUGCUCCCGCCACUAGAGGACUCUUCAGCAUCUGCCUGAGAAGCUUCACCCGCCCGCCGACCUCCACCCGGCUUCCACCGACUCCUCCCGACGUCACCUGGAAAGACGAUGGAAGGUCACGUGGUGCGACUUCUUCUGUGCAUCUCGGCUGCAGCCGGCGCCUCAAGUCAAACGUGUGAUCCAAAGGAGGCCGUCAACCCGUGGCUCCACGUGAGGGACGUCCUGGUUGACUGCUGGACCAGCUUCAUCACAGAGGACAAGGCGGAGGUCCACGUCCUCAACCUGAACUAUGAUGCCAAAAAUUCCCAGAUGUUUAGUCUGCUGAUGACCAAUGCCCAGCCAAUGAACCUCAUCGUCACCUCCACAGACACGAUCUACGGUGUAGCCGAACUCAACGACAACGUCAACAUUUAUAUCAACAAUGACUCCGUGGUUAGUUUUCCCCGGAGCCAAUAUCUCAACAACAUCCAUAAGCAAUCCUUCCCGACUCAACACGAGGAGCUGGUCAAGUGGGCAACACAGAAGUUUGGGGGCGUGACUUCAUUCACCAGCAUCAGUAAUCUGAUAACCAUGACAUCGACGGGAACAAACGGAACCAAGUCCGGCUCUAGUUCCUGCGUACUCCGAAGUGAAGAUGUGCCACAGAAUCACUUUACGGAGAUUGAAACAGAAUCCAACACCAAAUCGUUGGUCAAAUCGUGCUCCCCACAGCCAACGAUCCCCAAUGAUGAAACAGAGCUUCACGUCAUAAACGUCUUGGAAACUUCCACCACGCGCGAUGUAUCGGUUCGCAUUGACACUGAAAAAACCAACGUGUUCUUGAGAGGCCCUCGGGGGACCACGUGGACCCUCACCACCCCGCACAUGGCCCGUGUUGUUUCCAACAACAACGUCCUGCUGUCCGCAUUCAGACAUACAGUGGGGCCGUCGUCCACCCUGGAGAGCGACAAUGCGGAGGAUGUGCAAAGGAAGGCUUUAAAAGAUUUCAAUGUCACCGCUUUCACCAGCUACACUGAACUCGCAUCACAGCGCUCCAGGGUUCAACUGGUUCUUGGAACAAAAGAAAACCCUGCAGCUGUAAAAACAUCUCCAGCACCAGUGACUACCACUACAAGCACGGCCUCCCCAACGCCUGUGCUGAUGCAGCUGCACACCUCUGCAGACUACCGUUCUCCCUUGGACCCUGCCACCAAGGUGCAGAGUGACAAGAGAAUUUAUGCCGAGUUUUCAGUUCACACUUUUGGAGACAUUAGCCUGACCGUCACGGUGGUCAACUGCUCCGCGCGAUCCAAGGGCUCGUGUCCUGUAAUAACGAAGCCGCUGUCCUUCAAGCCAGAGGCCUGCUCCUUAAGUUCUUGUGUCAAGAGCACCCGGCUCAGCUUUUCCUUAGAUCACCUCCAAGAGCUGACGUCCACCACGUGGGACUUGGAAUGCUCCGUCAAACUGUGUCACGGGGAGUCAUGUGGAUCUGAAGAAACAGUGAAGAGGAAUCUGGAGGUUACCCAACGGUCUUUGCAACUGCCAACCCCAGCGUGCUUUGAUUUUGGCUUACCAGGCGUUCUGGGCAUUGCGUUUGGAGGGUUCCUGAUUGGAGUACUACUCAUUGGAGCAUUGUGGUUUAUCAAGAUUAAAACAGGGUACCCAACUGGACUGGAUAUAAGCUCAACUGCAGCCAAUCUACCUGGAUGUCCCUGUUCAGGAGCAAAACGACAACCCGUCUCCACCAACCCGUCCCCCUCUGAGAACAGCAGCGCCAACGCUAGCAUCGGAAGCACCCAAAGCACGCCGACCAGCAGCAUGGCAUGAGGUCACACUGAUCUCCACCACCUGCAGAGCCGCCGCCUCCCUUCCAAGUCACCUACCUGGGUUUUGUGCUUUCGUUUUCUUUAAAUGAUGCUCACAAAGCAUUUCUGCCUUCCCUGUCCCAUCCUCCUCCCUACCCCCCCCCCCCAUUCAAAUCCUCAUUUAAAAAAAAAAAGCACUGCCCGAGCCGGGAAUGGAUGUGAUCUGGGAGUUUUGGAAUGGAGGAUCGAAGGUGGGAGGGGCGGGUAAGCUGGGUGACAGAUGACAGAAGUCUAAUCAAUGGCCUCUGGCGCUCACCUCUGCGGCCUCUCUGUAAAGUCAGGCUCCCAGACAGGAAGUUAAAAAGGGCAAGAGGGAGAAAAAAAAAAAAAAAUUGGCUCCCAGCAACAGGAAAAACAAACCAUAUCCCCCAAGAGCUAACAGGAAAUUCCCUGCAUUCCUUUCAAUGAAUUGUGCUCGCGUGACGGCAGCACCAUAAUGGUCAGACAGGAGACAGGCUAGUCUAAAGACAUACUUUGAAAAGUAGAUGAAACAUUGUUUUGUUUUCACAUCUGCGCUAUGAAAAUACGAAGGGCUUUGUGGCCACGCCUAGAAAAGUUAUUAACAACGUGAGGCUGAAAAAAGAUCAACCCGUCGAUGAAAUGCUCACCUGAAGGGGCAUUCGUCUUAAUUGGAGUGAAAGGUCAAUAGUUAACAGCUACCUCCUAUUAUUUAGAGAUCUAGAGUUAAGUGUAACGUUAUUGCUAGAUUUCACUGUUUGAAUUUAUCUUACUUUUUGCCUUUUUCCAUUUUUGUUUUAUUUUAUGUUACUUUCUGGUAACCUUGUAGCUCUUGGCAACAACGUAAUUGUCGCAUUUUCAUACUAAUUCAAUAACUGGAUCAGGGCCUCUAUAUGAAAGUCCGUUUUUUUUCCUUCCAGUCCAAUUAAAAUGAGAGAAUAUACACAAUUUCCGAAUCACUCAACAAAACCAAUCCUAAAGUUAUAUUUAUCGCCCGAAGGACCCAAUAAGUAAUGGAGAAAAAAGAAAAAAAAAGUACUUCUGAACUGAGAAUUAAUCAAUUUUGUAAUGUACAGCUGAGUAAUGUGUCAUUAAUGGGUUGAUACCAAAACUCACAUCAGUUUUAAUACAGCGAAGCUCACAGAGUGAAGUCUUACUUUUCCUUUGCCCAACUGAAAGCUGUAUUAAUGAUUUGUUUCACCAUUCAUGUCAUAUCUGUAACAUACAUUAACUCAAAUACAAAAUAUUUUAAUAAAUAUAUAUAUUUAUAUAUAUAUCAUGUAUCAUAUAUAUAUAUCAAGUAUUUUUAGACAAAUGGAAUCAUUCCCCUUUUGGUGAUGCUAAUGAUUAUAGUGUAUAAACCAUAAUGUUCCUCCAAUAUUUGAAGAUCAAGACUUUAAAGGUGUAUUACGUUUUUGUCAUUUUAAAAGACUUUGCUAGUAAUGUGUUGUCACACUGUAAGAUGACCAAACAAACAAGAAAUCCUUUUUAGGCCUCCGAUGGAUGUAACCACACUACGAGAAACUAGUAACCUAGUAAAUUCUAGGUAAACGCAUGUGGGCUGAACUGAGGUAAUUUGGGCAUGAAUCAAUAUAGUUGGACUUUGAGUUUUAACACUUCCAAGCCCACUUCUCCCUAAUUUUAAAACCUAAUCUUCCUAUACAAGUCACCAGCUCUGAAUACAGCCUUUUUGAACUCCAUAGUGUUAUUAAUAAUAACAACAAUAAAAGACCAUAUUUUAUACGUUUGCAACAAUACAUUUUUGCUUUAACCCCAUGACGACUGCUUCGAAAAUUCAACCUUAGCUUCAUUCACAGCUGUCACAUGACGUGCCGAGUGAUGAUGUGUCAUUUGAGACGGAUGGAUUUCUCAUUUCAAGUGAUUUACGUCUGCUCUCUACAUUUGAUAGGCUGCAUCAGCCGCUGCAGUGCUAAUGCUAGACAGAAGCUGCAUACAUGCAUAAUAAGGACUCGCCAGGGCUGCAACUGUAGAGUGACGGUUGAUCCGUGAACCCACUGCUUUCAUUUCAAUGUACAAAUGUAAAUGUAACUUUUUUUUUUUUUCAUCCACUCUGUUAGCUCUUAACAAAUAUUCCCAUCCGUUUAUAGAUUCCACACAAUGACAUUAAUGACUCUUACAGGCGUAUAUAUGAAUAUCUAUUGGCACCGAUUGUUACGUGCCUUCUGAUUUAGCUAAAAUAAUUGAUCCACCUUCAAACCCUAAUCUCAAAAGUAUUCCGUCUGUUCCACAACUACGGUUUGUAAUCUGUCUCCUCGUUGUAUGUGAGCUAUGUAGCCUCUUACGUCCCUUUGCAGCUCAGUGUGUGCGUGCACGUGCAAUCCUCUGUGCACGUGCCCGAUUGUCUUUGGGUAUUUGUGCAGAGGCGGAGAACAAAAAAGAGGGCCAGUACAAAUUGCCACUUGAGUAUAUGUGCAAUAUGAUGAGGUAAACUUGUUUGUUUGUUUUUUACAAUUUUUGUGCAAAUGUUGAAUGAUGUUCUUACUUGGAAGCUUUUUCUUAACGGGCUUUGUUUUUUUAUGUGUUUGAAGAACUGGGACAAUUCCUAAAUCAAGGCACUUGUCAAAUGCAAACCUUUUGUUUUGUGUUUUCAUUUGUAUUUUUCGUGUAGAUUUGAGUUUUGAUUACAAUGUAGUCGCAGACUGUGCAUGUCACAGCACAUGUCAAAGACAGAAAGUAGUUUUUUUUCACCCUUGUUUGACUUUUGCUCUGACUCCAAGAUUCCCCUGCUGUUCAAAAAACAUGGAAUAUCUCUGCCGAUAGUGACAUCCUGACAUUUUACUGCAUUCAUUGUACUAUCUUCAGUGGGUUUGAUGGGGAAGUACAUUCUGAAAAACAGAACGUCUCGCCACACAGGAGGAUCUCAGCAAAAUAUUCAACACUCGCAGGGAACAUUCAAACUUAAAACAGUGAAAAGAAAAUCAUGGUUAUUGAGAACGUUUAUCAUCUGUAGCUGAAAGCAGCCACACUGACUGAUUCUGACAGUGAAAUCAGACGGGCUACCAGUCAAUUCGCUUGUUAACCCUGCAGAUCCCUUCGUUACCUCUGACAACAGCUUCUCCACCCACAGACAGUCUACACAGUUGACAAACUAUGUGUGUGUGUGCACACAAUAUCUGUGUCUCUGUGUGGGUGUACAACAGAAACUCCACCUACAUUUAUGUGAGUGGAUCCUCGCUCCAGUCUCUUAACAAUGUCCAGGUUCUGAAUUCUUACCAAAAGCUGCGGCGUCAACAUGUGUGAUUUAAUCAAGUAUAGAAUGCAAUGUAUGUAAUGCAAAAGUAUGUUGUCUCUGCAGAAAUAUAUGUUUUGUCUGAAAUAAUCUUAAUAAAGAAGAAAUGACAAUUGC